ACGAUUGGGGCCGGAGAUGCAGGUCGAGCUUACGAAAGCUUGGUGGUGUCGCGGUAGAGAUGUUCGAGAGGUGCCCAGACGGGAUAUCGAGCGUUUGCGGAGCAGCAGGACGUGACGAAUGGGCGAGGAAUGCGCUACAGAUGUUCGAGGGGGUGCUCGGGUAAGUAGAGCGAUGCGAGUGCGCAAACUGGGCGUAAUGGCGAGGGCUGGCGGCCGCUUCGGUGUUGGGCGCGCUGCGGAGGGGUGCGAGUCGAGGCCGACACGCAACUGUCUCAGGUCGACGGGGGGCUGUGGAGAGCGACACAGUGACGACGGUGGUCAGAAACUGGAAUGCGCUGGCUUGCAGUCAGCAUUGCGGAUGGCUACAUGCGCGGUAGGGGCAAUCAGAGUCGACCUCACGGGCGUGGGGAGCAAUCGGGGCAGUGCUGCUCUAGCGCGACAAAUAGAGGGCCGAUCGCAGAAAGCGCAACAACACCAUUCCCAGCACUUGCACAGACAAUACUGGCAGCUGUGGAGAUUUGCAUUGCGGGUGGCUGUUUACGUACCACUUGACGUCGGUAGGUAGGAUCAAGGCUGUUCCAAGAGGCGCAUCAAUCUUGGCUGCCAAGGGCGACGCACGCUGCGGAACACAGGGUCUGGAUGAGUGCAGAUCAGAAGAACUCGAAUACGAAAGCUGGGGUAGCCGUCGAUAUGGGUCAGGAAACGGGAUCUGGUUGCGAG